AUGCCGCCGUCGAAGCGUAAAGCACGUCGCAAGCCUGCCGACGCCCUCCAGUCCUCUGAGCUGGACCUGCCCGAUUCUUCUCCGACACGUCCGACUGCGAAGAAGCGCAAGGUGAAUGGUGCCCGCGGCCCAGCCAAGCGGCAGUCACUGUCGCCCGACCCCGAACUUCCCAUUGCCCAGGAUUCCGGCGACGAAACGGAAGAUAUCUCCCCAAGCGAUCUCAUCGAUUCCGUCGUGUCCUUCCUUCAAGUCUCCAGAGAAGCCGUUGUCGCAAGGUCCCAAUAUGCCAAUGACAAGGCGCACAACAACAGCCCGCAAAAGGUGUCCGCGUACGCAAAGAUUGCCGGUCGAGAUUGGACUUAUUUUGUGCAAGACCAGGCUGUCAACAUUGGACGACCGCCUGAUGAGCGCCCGACCAUGAACGGCGCCUCAAGCCCUGUCGCAGAUCUGAAAGAUGUAUUUCCGGUUCAUAUCGACCUGGGACCGAGCAAGAUCGUUUCGCGCCAUCAUGCGUCGAUCUACUACGAUGCCGACUUUCCAGUCGAUGAAGGCGGCUGGCACCUCCGAGUCAAUGGCAGAAACGGGGUUCGGGUCAACAACGUCUUGGUCAAGAAAGGGUUGCGCAGGCAAUUGAGGUCGGGAGACAUCCUUGAAAUUGCUGGGACGCAAAUGAUGUUUGUGACACCUGGUGAUAAGGUCCAAAUCGAUCCAUAUUUUAUCGACCGCGCCAAAGCCCUUGCCGCGGGCGAAGAACUUGCACCUUCCGCCGCGCUCCCCGAACCUACGAAGCAGGAACCUUCAUACGGAACCAUGCAGCAUUUCCCGUCACUCGCACCAGCCCCUCCAGAUAUGAAGCGUGAGACAACGCCGCCUCCUCAGUCGGACGGGGGAAAGAAUCAGCGGAGCGUUUUCGACAGUAAACUGCCCAUGUCGCCCAUGUACGGCAGGGGAAUGAUGCUGGAAAGCACUCAGGAGAUUGAUUACAGUCGAGACAGCGCCAAGGAUCUCAAACCUCCGUUCAGCUAUGCGACCAUGAUCGCGCAAGCCAUCUUUUCCAGUGAGGAGGAGAAGUUGACCUUGAGCAACAUCUAUUCCUUCAUUGCCGACAAAUAUGCCUUCUACCGUCAUUCCAACAGCGGCUGGCAGAACUCCAUUCGUCACAAUUUGUCUCUGAACAAGGCGUUUCAAAAAGUGCCUCGACGUACAGAUGAGCCUGGCAAAGGCAUGAAAUGGCAAAUUGCUCCAGAAUUCCGUCAAGAUUACUGGAAGAAACUGUUCCGUCGCGGUAACGGCUCUGCGCCGUCCUCGCCGGCAUCCGCCAAAGAUGUCAAUCCCAACUUCCGAGGGCCAAACGGGCAGAAUCUUGGCUACGACACGUCCAUGGUCAGUCAGUUUUCGGCCCGGGAUUCGCACGAACGCCCCGGCGGACAGCCUCCUGGGAAGGCCGCCAUUGGUCAGUUUCCGCCGUUCAAUCCGGGACAACACUUCCAGCCAGGCCCCAAUCUGGCUCCGCCACUUCCACGACCGCAAGAGGCCAUCACACCCCAAAGACGUAGAGCCAACACGCAGAAUACGCUCACUGACAUGGAGUUGGAAGAUUCACCGCUCCCGCCUGGCCAUCCUCGACCGACGCCCCGUCUGGGAAAUGGCUUGCCAGUGUACAGUCUACCCCCCGCAGUUCCGCCCACUCAUCACUCUCCGGCCAACCCUACUCUGUCAUCAUCGUAUCUGGACACCCCCUUCCACCAUUCUCAGCAUAGCAUCAUCACUCCGGCACCGUUGCGGCAAAACCCCAGGCUCGCCCCUCCCAGCACCUUGGUGGCUCCCAGUAAAUUCAUGCCGGAGUCAUCUCCUGCUGGCCCAGGUCUGUUCUGGAAGGGUUUAAUGGGCGUUACGCCAGGACACCCUCCGCCGGACAUGUCACCGGUCAAGGACGAUGACCCCCGAUCUAAUGGCAUCGAUCGACAUGUCAUGAGUUCCAGCCCGCCACCCAUGGAUAGUGGCAUGGGGAGUCCCAGCAAGCCUGCUAGAGGCAGCCAGGCUCCGCUCACUUCGAGUUCCAGUGCUAAGAAGGAGUCCACGCCGGGCACAGCACACCGAGAACAUGAUGCGUUGAUGGAGAAUCACGACAGAAUGGGCGGAAAUGCAGCCAGCAGCGGGGCGAAUGCUACCUCGACGGGGGCGAGACAGAUUUCGCAAACUUCCAGCCUCAAUCCACAGUCUUCAAGUCACAGUACCGGCAUGGUGCCGAAUAACGAAGGUGGUGACGAAGAAGGGGACGGCGAAUUUGACCUGGCGAAAGGGUUCGCUCCGAUUGCUGGGGGUGGUUUCAAUUCGCAGAGGAGCAGUAGUAUUGGUGUUGCCAGAGCAGGUUCGUGA